UCUUUUUCAUCUCUUUUUCAUCUCUUUUUCAUCUCUUUUUCAUCUCUUUUUCAUCUCGCUCUCACGCACUUUUCUUAAUUCCAAACAAUGGUCGAGAUCAAGAACCCUCUGUACGAUACCGCCUGCCUGUCCACGCAAGCUCUGCACGCCGAUGCUCACCUCCAGGUGACCUCGGACGUUGCUCCGGCGAUCAGCGUCAGCACGACAUUCGAGUACGCCAAGACCACAGUCGACGCCUGCAACUACGGCCCCGACCAGCGCUACGCCUACUCUCGCGAGAGCACCCCGACGACAACCAAGGCCGAGUCCGUCCUCAGCACAAUCACCGAGGGCCACGCCGUCCUCUACGGCUCAGGCCUCACCGCCUCCCUGGCCGUUCUCCUGCAGUACAAGCCCAAGAAGAUCGCGCUGGGCGAGAGCUACUUCGGCGUCCGCAAGGUCAUUGAGCAGUACCGCGCGCUGGUGCCGAAUGUGCAGGUGGUUGGGUCAGAGUGCUCGUACGAUGGCGUUGACCUUGUGUGGCUGGAGUCGCCGGUGAACCCCACCGGCGAGGUGAAGGACAUUGCCGCAUAUGCGCUGCGCGCCCAUGCUGCUGGCGCGGUGCUGGUCGUGGAUGCUACGCUGGCACCGCCCCCAAUCAGCUACCCGUUCCGCCAGGGCGCCGACGUGUACCUCGGCGGCCACUCCGACCUCCUCGCCGGCGUCGUCGUCGUGCGCGCAGCCACCGGCGCUGUCGCCUUGCGCGAGACCCGGUACGUGCUGGGCCUGGGCACCGGCAGCCUGGAGACCUGGCUUCUUCUGCGCUCGCUGCGCACACUCUCUGUGCGCGUCAAGCAGCAGUCGGUGACCGCAACGCGGCUGGUCUCCUUCCUCGAGAGCAUCCGCCGCUCGGCCAUCACCACCCAGUGCCACAAGCCGUGCGAGGAGCAGCUGUCGCUUGGCCGCCAUAUUGCUUCGGUGCAGCACGCGUCGUUGCAGCUUAACGGUGCCCAGUGCAACCCCAACAUUGCCCUGCAGCACCCCAAUGGUUUUGGCGCGGUUUUCGCGGUGAGCUUUGCGUCCAAGUCCCAGGCGCUGUUUGUUGCCCGCGCGCUGGGCCUGCACCGCUUUGCGACGAGCCUCGGCGGCGUUGAGUCGCUGGUUGACUGGCGCUACGGAUGGGAUAGCUCGGCUCAGCCGACCCUGCUGCGCAUUAGCGUUGGUCUGGAGAGCUUUGACGACCUGGCCAAGGACUGGAAGCAGGCCCUGCAGGCCCUUGAGGUGUCUGAGCGCAAGGCCGCCAAGCUGUAAGAAAGCCGAAUCCCUGUUUGCUGAAUAAAGGAGCAUUUUUUAUUGACAACAAAGAAUUCAAUGGUGAGCAAUCACAAUCACCUUUUGUUCAUGGCAUGGCCCAUGUGCGGCCCAGUCUUCCGAAGAGUACGCCAAAAAAGGCUCUUAUUUUUGGGUUAAUGGUUUUGCCGUGAUAUUGUCCGAGCGGGUACCAAAACAGCAAAAAACAGUAUUUAGAGAUCUUGGCCGAUCAUUUUUCUUUUUUCCUUUGCAAAAGGGGGUGAUUAAAAAAUUCAAGGCUCACGCAUAGAAAGAGCGGAGGGGGAUAGGGAUUUGUAUGAGUGAAUGAAUGAGUGAAUGAGUGAAUGAAUGUAUGUGGGGAGAGAGAAAAAGCGGAGGCGGAAGAGGGGGAUGAAAAGGAGAAACUAAAAAGGGGGAUAGGGGAUAAGGGUUGAGUUGUAAAAUUAGCAUCCAUUUUUUUU